UUAUGUGAGCCCACGAGGUCAGCACAGAAUAAACYAUUUAGCAUGCGCACUGCAAGGAACGCCUGGGCAAUAACGAGAUUUUGCAGUCAAAUUCAGUCAAAUAUCAAUUUUGAAAGAAAGCGUAGACUCUUCUUCAGAUAACUAUGUAAAUAAGGAGAAAAUACCGAUAUGGUACGGUUUAAGAAAAGGUACACUUUGGCUGAGAUUUCGUUCCACGAUGGUAUGGUUGACGAAUCGCUAUCUAGGUAUAUCAUACAAGAUUCUAUUAAAGGUGCUGUAAAGGAAGUUUACGGUGAUUAUGGAUUGGCAUGCAUAUCAAUGUCAUUAAGAGUUAAAUACCUCAACCCUCUCACCAAUGUAGUGUUUAUUGCAUGUAGUAGAGACUAUUWCAGAAUGCUGCUAUGUUCUCUUCCAUUUAUUAAGAGUCUCAAUAAAAGACCAUGUAUUUUUAAAACUUUACAUAUUGGAGGGACAAUGAGGUCAUGUCAAAAGUUCCUAGUCAACCACAACAAAGUACAGYUAAUGCAAAUGCUUGACCAAUGCAAAACACCAGCUGAUAAAAAGAAAAUUUCKUCCAUUAUUGACUCUGCAACAACAGAAGCCACAGCUUUAGAUCCAGUUUCAACUUGGAAAAGACGAACAAAUGUUAAAGUUAAAGUUAGAGAAAGAGAUAAGGAUGGAAUAAGUGACAGUGACAGCAAUUAAAAACAAUCAUACAUGGAAACAGGAAAUGUAGUCUUCACAUACAACUGUCUCUAGAGGAACACAUAAAAAAGUAAUCACCACACCACAAUAA